CUUAUACGAACUGGGAAUAGGAGUACCUGAUUACCAGCCAUGUGCUAGCUUAAAAUUAUUAAAGCCAAGGGCAGAACCAACCAAAUAGUGGAGCGAUAGAUGAUGGACGCCAUGGCGAUGCCAAAAAGUUGCUUUUCUACAUCAAAUUCGCCACUUCUGAUUCAAUCCAUGGCUACCCAGAAGCCAAUCCUUCCAGCUUCGAUUGCUAAUGGCACCAAAAAGAAAGUACAAAAGGUGAGGAACUCAAGAGCAGUGAAACUACUGACAAGGGUGGAGCAGCUGAGGCUACUAACCAAGGCAGAGAAAGCAGGGGUAUUAUCGGCAGCCGAGAGGUUGGGAUUAUCACUGUCAACAAUUGAGAGACUUGGCCUGCUAUCUAAAGCAGAAGAGCUGGGAGUUCUAUCAGCAGCCACUGAUCCAGGAACACCUUCAGGUCUCUUCAGCCUUAGCAUAGGAUUGAUAGUCUUAGGUCCUGUUUGUGUGUAUUUUGUGCCUGAGGAUUACCCUUGGCAGAUUGGUUUCCAGGUCCUGGUAGCUUUUAUCUCUCUUGUCGGUGGCUCUGCCGCCUUUGGUGCCUCGAAUCUUGUAUCAAACCUGCAGAAAUCAUCAAAUUGAGCACGCAUGGUUGACAUUAAAGAUUUCUUGCAUUAGAAUCAUGGUUUGGGCUGAAUGUUAGCUACUCUUGUUUUAUGUUGUUGUUGCUACACAUUGUUCAAUUUUUAUUAUUUACCUAAAAUAGUUACUUAUUACCUAUCUGAUCA